AUGACCGCCGCCAGCAGCAGCAGCACCGGUGGGGCCUUCGACCCCUUCGGAGACCCGGCCGCCGGCUGCGAGCCGUACUGGUACCAAGGCUACCCCUCGGCGUACUACGGGCAGUCGCACGUCGACUUCCGCAGAAAGUGCCGCGAUUUUGUCGAAACGGAGAUCAAGCCGUACCUGGACGGGUGGAUAGAACGGCGCGAGGCGUACCCGCUGUCCCUGCACGCCAAGUCCCUGGAGGCGGGCCUGCCGACCGCCGGCCUGGCGAAGGACGUGCAGAGCCGGUACCCCGCGGCGAUCCUGCCCGACGGGGGCUUCGACCCUUUCCACGAGCUGAUCUAUCCCACCACUGGCAGCGGCGGGCCCCGGCGGUGCGAUGGGCCAGUGACGGCUCAACUCCAUGGCGCUGCCCCCGAUCCUCUUUGCAGGAUCGCGCACGGUGCAGGAUCUAGUGGUGGACGACGUGCUGGCGGGCCGCAAGAACAUCAGCCUGGCCAUUUCUGA